UGCGCGUAUGCUCACGUACAUUUUAGGAGCGCAACUAAACCGAGGAAAAAACACUUGUCGCAUCUGCACGGCGAGGGCAAGAGAGCGCUUCUCGGAGUUUGUCUUAUAGUGGUGGUCAGUUGGAGCGUUCCGCUCCGGUGUUAUCAGCGCAGCUCACAUGAACUUAGGAGAACUUCUCCGCGAGCCUCACUGACAGCGCGUGCACUGACUGGCGCGGGCUGUUCCUCGCGCUUCACGCAGCUCUAACGCUUGAAUAUUUUUGGAUGAGCAUGGCAACAGAGUGAAUGCAACGACGCGCACGGACCUUCUGGACAAUUUGGAAAUCUUAGCACCGCACAACUCCUAAGAGUGUCUGGACUGUUAUUUGUGGGCAGUGGAAGUUCAACUAAUGGAGAAUACCCACGAGCUGAAUGCGCAAACCGUGAAGAAAUCUACCACUGAUUCCCAUGCUCCAGACCCAGUAGACAACAGGGGCUUGGAGAUGCAGGAUCUAACAGACACUCAGCACUCUGUUACAGGUGGCAAUGACAGCACUUCCAAACUGGACAAAAACCUCCUCAGCAACAACAUCACAACCAAUGGAACAGGAGGAGAGAACAUGACAAUUCUAAACACAGCUGAUUGGUUGCUGGGCUGCAGUACUCCGCCCACUGCCCCAAGUAUGAAGAACGAUGUUAAGUCAGAGCCUCUGAACAGCAGCGAGGCUGUGAGUUCAGCAGGAGACACAGGGCUGGACACUUACACUGGGUCAGUUAUAAGCAGCAGUGGAUUCAGCCCUCGGCCGGCUCACCAGUAUUCACCUCCACUCUACCCCUCAAAGCCUUACCCCCACAUCUUGUCUACUCCCGUGGCUCCUCCCAUGUCAGCCUACACUGGCCAAUCACAGUUCACUAGCAUGCAGCAGUCGACAGUUUACACGCCCUACUCUCAAACUACUCCACCUUACGGCCUCUCCACUUACGAUUUGGGGGUCAUGUUGCCGGGCAUAAAGACAGAGGGAGGACUCACACAGACUCAGUCAACCCUCCAAUCAGGGCUCAGCUAUAGUCCUGGAUUUACCACGCCUCAGCCUGGACAGACAGCAUAUUCACCCUAUCAGAUGCCAGCAGGGUCAGGUUUUACGACUUCUCCGGGUCUCUACACUUCCAACAACUCCAAUCCAGGCAACUUUGCCACACAACAGCAGGAGUACCCAUCAUAUACAGCGUUUGGGCAGAAUCAGUAUGCUCAGUAUUACUCCACCUCCUACGGUUCCUACAUGACAUCUAACAGCACAUUGGAUGGCACAGGUUCAGUCUCCUCCUAUCAGCUGCAAGACUCCACCACCCCCAUAAUGACAGGGCAAGCCGCUGACCUGAAUCCAGGUGAGUUUGAGGCUGGGCAAAGCCCGUCCACACCUAUUAAGGAGAUGGAGGACCGGUCCUGUCGAGGGGGUGGGGCUAAAGCAAGAGGGCGGGGCAGAAAGAACAACCCCUCCCCACCACCUGACAGUGACCUUGAGAGGGUGUUUGUUUGGGAUCUGGACGAGACAAUCAUUGUGUUUCACUCACUCCUCACGGGCUCCUAUGCACAGAAAUACGGCAAGGAACCUCCUUUGGCUGUGACACUUGGUUUAAGGAUGGAGGAGAUGAUCUUUAAUCUUGCUGACACACAUCUAUUUUUUAAUGAUUUAGAGGAGUGUGAUCAGGUGCACAUUGAUGAUGCCUCAUCAGAUGAUAACGGUCAGGACCUCAGUACUUACAGUUUUGCCACUGAUGGCUUCCAUGCAGCUGCUACAACCGCAAGUCUGUGCCUAGCAACAGGUGUUAGGGGCGGUGUUGACUGGAUGAGGAAGUUAGCCUUCCGAUACAGACGAGUGAAGGAAUUAUACUGCACCUACAAAAACAAUGUGGGGGGGUUGCUGGGUCCAGCAAAAAGAGAGGCGUGGCUCCAACUGAGGGCAGAGGUGGAGGCCCUCACAGACUCCUGGCUGACCACUGCGCUCAAGUCCCUGUCAAUCAUCAGCUCCCGGAGUAACUGUGUUAACGUCUUGGUGACAACGACACAGUUAAUACCUGCACUUGCUAAGGUGUUGUUGUAUAGUCUGGGCUCUGUCUUUCCGAUUGAAAACAUUUACAGCGCAACAAAAAUAGGCAAAGAGAGUUGCUUUGAACGCAUAAUUCAGAGGUUUGGCAGGAAGGUAGUGUAUGUUGUUAUUGGGGAUGGUGUAGAAGAGGAGCAGGCUGCUGCCAAGGUAACAACCCCCAGCACAACAUGCCCUUUUGGCGAAUAUCCAGCCACUCUGACCUGCUUGCCCUCCACCAAGCACUGGAAUUUGAGUACCUGUAAAACUCGACACCUGUAUUAUAGGCCUUUUUUGUACAACUAUUUAAGAACAAGAGUACACUGCAAUCUGUUUUUACGUUGCUGAUGUCUUUUGGAUUAUUUUUAAGAAUACUCUGGCUUUGAGAUAAUUCUGCACUGUCUUAAAAAGACUAGGAAAAGGGAAACUGGGAUAAUGGUCAAACUAGGCUUGUGAAGAGCUUACUAAGGUCUUACAUCACUUACACACUGCAUCUGAACAAAGGGAAGUGGGGCAUCCCUUUUGUUCACUCAUUCAGAAAACUACUUGUCACACACACACACACACACACACACACACACUACAUAUUCUCAUUCUUCUACAGGAACAUUUUUAUUUCAUUUUUCAUUAUAAAAUUGAAGCUCCGUACUCUAAAUAAAAGUAUAAUUUAGAAUAGACCCAUAACUCAUGUAAAUUAUUUUACAGCAACUACAUUAAACACUUAAGGAUGCCAUUUUCAAAUCUUGUGUUUUGUAAGUUUUUGGCAAAAAGUCUGUGUAUAAUUUGUAGUGUCUUAUACUUGUUGUGUGUCAGUUUUUAUUUUGAGAAUGUAGAUAAAAAAAUAAAAUGUA